GGGUGGUGAGAAAGGAAACAGCAAGCAGGGCUCUGGCAGCUGCUGCAGACGGCUUCACACAGGGACGCGGGCUGCCAUCUUGCUCUAAGUGAAAGUGAAAGAACAGUCGGCAGCAGAGGGAACAGGGAAGAAACCUAAAGGCCGCGGGCUGCCAGGUGUGCUUGGAGAGCCCCCUUCUCCCGCCGGGCCUCGCAAGCAGCGUAGGACUGUGGAGAAGGGCGGUGGGCAAGGAGGGGACUCGAGAGCAGCCUCCAUGGGCACACAGGAGGGCUGGUGCCUGCUGCUCUGCCUGGCUCUAUCUGGAGCAGCAGAAACCAAGCCCCACCCAGCAGAGGGGCAGUGGCGGGCAGUGAAUGUGGUCCUAGACUGCUUCCUGGCGAAGGACGGUGCGCACCGUGGAGCUCUUGCCAGCAGUGAGGACAGGGCAAGGGCCUCCCUUGUGCUGAAGCAGGUGCCAGUGCUGGACGAUGGCUCCCUGGAGGACUUCACCGAUUUCCAAGGGGGCACGCUGGCCCAAGAUGACCCACCUAUUAUCUUCGAGGCCUCAGUGGACCUGGUCCAGAUUCCCCAGGCCGAGGCCUUGCUCCAUGCUGACUGCAGUGGGAAGGAGGUGACCUGUGAGAUCUCCCGCUACUUUCUCCAGAUGACAGAGACCACUGUUAAGACAGCAGCUUGGUUCAUGGCCAACGUGCAGGUCUCUGGAGGGGGACCUAGCAUCUCCUUGGUGAUGAAGACUCCCAGGGUCGCCAAGAAUGAGGCUCUCUGGCACCCGACGCUGAACUUGCCCCUGAGCCCCCAGGGGACUGUGCGAACUGCAGUGGAGUUCCAGGUGAUGACACAGACCCAAUCCCUGAGCUUCCUGCUGGGGUCCUCAGCCUCCUUGGACUGUGGCUUCUCCAUGGCACCGGGCUUGGACCUCAUCAGUGUGGAGUGGCGACUGCAGCACAAGGGCAGGGGUCAGCUGGUGUACAGCUGGACCGCAGGGCAGGGGCAGGCUGUGCGGAAGGGCGCUACCCUGGAGCUUGAGCAACUGGGCAUGGCCAGGGAUGCCUCCCUCACCCUGCCCAGCCUCACUAUACAGGACGAGGGGACCUACAUUUGCCAGAUCACCACCUCUCUGUACCGAGCUCAGCAGAUCAUCCAGCUCAACAUCCAAGCUUCCCCUAAAGUACGACUGAGCUUGGCAAACGAAGCUCUGCUGCCCACCCUCAUCUGCGACAUUGCUGGCUACUACCCUCUGGAUGUGGUGGUGACGUGGACCCGAGAGGAGCUGGGUGGAUCCCCAGCCCAAGUCUCUGGUGCCUCCUUCUCCAGCCUCAGGCAAAGCGUGGCAGGCACCUACAGCAUCUCCUCCUCUCUCACCGCAGAACCUGGCUCUGCAGGUGCCACUUACACCUGCCAGGUCACACACAUCUCUCUGGAGGAGCCCCUUGGGGCCAGCACCCAGGUUGUCCCACCAGAGCGGAGAACAGCCUUGGGAGUCAUCUUUGCCAGCAGUCUCUUCCUUCUUGCACUGAUGUUCCUGGGGCUUCAGAGACGGCAAGCACCUACAAGACUUGGGCUGCUUCAGGCUGAACGCUGGGAGACCACUUCCUGUGCUGACACACAGAGCUCCCAUCUCCAUGAAGACCGCACAGCGCGUGUAAGCCAGCCCAGCUUACAUGCUAAAGUGACGUGAGACUACUAGAAAGAAACGACACCCUUCCCCCCAAGCUCCCCCAGCUACUCCAACCCAAACAACAACCAAGCCAGUUUAAUGGUAGGAAUUUGUAUUUUUUGCCUUUGUUCAGAAUACAUGACAUUGGUAAAUAUGCCACA